GCACGGUCGAAGGUUGAUGACGGUCGUCGGUUGUUAAGGCGUCUAUCGGGUGUUCGGGUGUGAUUUGAGUUCGGCUGCUGGCGGAGCGAGGGUCUAGGCCUGGAGUACACGGUUGGGACUGGCCGGUUGCAUCUGAACACGAGGUAUCGUGCUCAUUCUCCUUUUCAGCGAUCUGCUUGGACUUCAGUAGCUUUCCCAGUUCCGUCUUGGCAGAAUAAGAUGAGUUCAGCAACCAAGACUUUAAUGUGAAUCUGAAUGUACACAGCAAUAUUGGAGAUUCCACAGGAUGGUAUGCUGUCUUCACCAAAGCAGUGAAUCUUCUGUCCUAGUGUGAAGUGUUUGAGAGUAGGCUGCAACUUACAAGAGAGAAUUUUCCAGAAUGCCUUUGGAUAAGUGAUGCCAGAAAAAAAUCCCAUGAAUGUGGAUCAGAAAGAGACAGGAAGCAUCACUGAUGUGUGCAGCAGUGAGGAUUUGCCUGAAGUGGAACUUGUGAGCCUGAUUGAAGAUCAGCUAGCCAGGUACCACCUGCGGGCAGACUCCCUCUAUCUCUAUCAGAACAAGGACUGGGAGCAGGUCCCCGCGUACCCUGGCCAUGCAUCCAGCGAGUUAUCUCCUGCCCAGGCCGAGGAGACCUUUCGCUACAUGGUUCUUAGCUCCAACAGGGUGGAUCAGAUGACCAGGACGUACAAUGACACCGAUAUGGUCACACACCUGCUGUCUGAGAGAGAUCGUGAUUUGGAAUUGGCUGCCCGAAUAGGUCAGUCCUUGUUACAUCGGAACCGGGUACUGACAGAGAGAAAUGAGCUCUUGGAAGAACAGUUGGUUCAGGCUUAUGAUCAAGUUAACCAACUGCAGCAUGAGCUAUCCAAGAAGGAUGACCUCCUGCGAGUGGUGGCCAAUGCUUCAGAGGAGAGUGAAUCCGACUCCAGCUGCUCUACACCACUCCGCCAAAAUGAGUCAUUUCAUCUAUCACACAGCUUGAUGCAACUGGAUGUUUUGCAGAUUAAACUGCGAGAACUGGAGGACGAAAACCUCUCUCUUCGUUCUGAGGCUUGUCACCUGAAGACAGAAACGAUCAACUAUGAAGAGAAGGAACAGCAGUUGGUCAAUGACUGUGUGAAGGAAUUAAAAGAAACAAAUAUCCAGAUUUCCAACCUGGCAGAUGAACUCUCCAGAAAGAAUGAUGACAUUGCACGUCACCAGGAGGAGAUCACCAACUUGCUCAGUCAAAUUGUGGAGCUCCAGCUUAAAGUCAAAGAGUGUGCCAUUGAAAAAGAGGAACUUAAACAACAUUUACAGGCAUCCAAAGAUGCCCAAAGGCAGCUCACGGCAGAACUGCUCGAAGUGCAAGAUCGGAAUGCUGAGUGUUUAGGAAUGUUGCAUGAAUCCCAAGAGGAGCUAAAAGAAUUGCGGAACAAAUCAACAUCGUCCUCACUUCAGCGGCCUCAGUCCUACAGCAUGUUCCCAAUGGAUUCCAUUGCCGCUGAGAUUGAAGGAAGCAUGCGGAGAGAGCUAAAUCUGGAGGAGUCGACCAUUCAAGACCAAAGGAAUCAACACAGACGGGUUUUCCAUACUGUCAGAAGUAUCAAUGAAACCAUACAAUCCCACAAGUUGGCAUCCCCUCUGGGAUCUAUCCCAGGAUCUGGUUGCUCAUCUGUUGUCAUGACAGUGAAACCACACCAAUCUGUCAUGGGGACAACUGAUACAAAACUGACAAAUAACUCUGCAAAUGAACAGGAUGCUCACUGCAAUCUUUCAAAGACCGGGAAGCCUGGUACCCCUGGGGGCAAAGACCUGGCCACUGCCCUGCGUCGGCUCUCCUUACGGCAGGAGAAUUACCUGAGUGAGAAAAUGUUCUACGAAGAUGAGCGGGACCGGAAGCUGUUGGCCCUGGCAACAGAGGAGGAGAACGGCUCCGCUACACCAGCUGAGAGCGUGUUGUCCACAGGGACCAAUGUCACGGAUCUAACAGAGAUAUCCUGUAUUUCAGGAGUGUCCAGCUGUUUCCGCACCUUCCUACCGGAGAAGCUGCAGAUAGUCAAGCCGAUAGAAGGUUCUAUGACUUUGCACCAGUGGCAACAGUUAGCACAGCCCAACUUGGGUACAAUUUUAGACCCACGACCUGGGGUCCUUACUAAAGGCUUUGAGCCACUGCCAGAAGAUGACGUCUAUCACCUGUCUGAUCUUGAGGAGGACAGCGAGGAGGGGAUCACCUUCAAAGCCCAACGCACUUCUACGCCCAAGGGAACGAAGGAGAAAGAGGAAAAUGAAGAUAAUGAGAAGCAGCUACCAAAGAGACAGGAGAUACCACCAGAGAUUUUUCUGCCAAUGACCACAUUCUCUUCCCAGGAAGCAACAGCUGUGCGAAAUCCUGGCAAAUGUCUGUCACAAACCAACUCUACUUUCACCUUCACUACUUGCCGGAUCCUCCAUCCCACAGAUGUUGCUCAAGUCACAACAAGCUUCAUGUACUCUCCAGUGCCAAAGAUCGGGGGGUCGUCCAUCAACAUCAAUUCCAGCAGCCCCAGAUUUACUUGCCGCCCAAGCAUCGGUGAAUCCUUCAUGAAGACAAGGGAUUCGACUACCACUCUGAGCAGUACAAGCAGCCUGACCAAACUGCUGCUUGAUCGUGGGAUCUCUGCUGGCAUUUAUCGUUGCCCCCUUUUGAAACGCCCACCUGUGGCUCGCCCUAAGACGUUAGCUAUACCUUGUACUCCACCGAACUCCCCCUCCUGCUCUCCGUGCCCAUCGCCCUUGCCCUUUGACACACGGAGUGCCAUUGACAACUUCCUGGCUUCACGGCCAGCCGAGACACUGCUCCAGGAGGUUUACUGCUUGAAGCCCGGGCGGAGCCGUACGGAUUCUGCUCCCAUCAGUCUGAACUUGGUCAAGAAGCUGCAAAGGAUGGGGAUUGCCCAAGUGGUCAACCCUAAGAGCACCCAAGAGCACGAUGAGAGCGUAGAAGGCAGGAACAGGCAACGUAGACCUGACACGGCAGUGUUCAUGGGAACUGGCAGUAGCCUUCUGGGAGGUUUAAGGCGGAACCAGAGCCUCCCCAGUGUGAUUGGUGGACUUGGCAUACCGGUACCAAAAAUGGGCAACUUAACUGAAGACAAGACUGAAACCAAGUUGGAUUUAUCGGCACAGUGAUGACUGAUGAGGUAUCACUGGUGUGAAUAUUUGCUCCCCUACCCCGCUGCAGAAUACUAAGUGGAACAAAGGGUACUUUUUUUUUGUUGUUGGAAGGCCCCUGAAAGUCUCAGGAUGGUGAGCGUAAGUGCACAAGCAAGCAGAGAGGGUGGAAGAGCCAAGGAAGGAAAUGGAAAUGGAAAUGGGAAUGGUUUAAGAGAUGAGAGGGUAAAUGAAGGGAACCGAUUAUAAUGAAACUAGGAAAGAGAAGUGUGGUAAAAUUAAGAGUUUUUUUUGAGGUUUUGCAUAGGGAAUGAUGAAAACAAGACGGCUUCACACUAUCGAUUGAAAUAACUUUGUAAGUUAAGCACAAUUCACAACUCAUUCUAUUUGGCAAGAAUAUUAUAUCAUCAUAUCUGCUCUGCCACCAAAUGCUAGAAGCACAGAACAAAGCAUAAAGUACAAUCCAGAAAACUUUGUGGGAGAAGCACUGUUUUAGUAGCAAUUUGCAGCAAUAUUAAAUGGUUGUGAAUGAGUACAACAAUUGAGAAACUCUAACUGCCCCAGUCCAAUAGUUGUGCUAUAUUCCUUUGUUGUCCACACCUUGCACUGCACUAUCAGUGUUUGCAAUGACUAGCAUUUUCAAACCACAUGCAUUUUGGCAUUUUAGAAAUCAGUCAUCACACCAGAGCCUGUGUUGUCACGAAAUGUAAAUAAUCCUUUAACUUCUGCCUGCAUGCUCCUUAAUACUUUGCUUUUGUAAUGUCACUUAUUAAUCCUUAUUUAAGUGCUCUGGGAUGGUUUAGGUUUUCUGAAAGUCGUUACACAAGACUCCUGGCACACACUCUUUGCCUGAAGAUAGAAAGGUUUUCAGCCUUAAGGUAUUGCAUGCAUCUCUUUUGAGAGUCUUUGUAAUCAAUUCUGUAACGGUGACAUAAUGUCAGUCUGAAAGCUGCGCUAAUCUACUAUAUACUCAAUUGGAUAUUGGGUGCCCUUGGCAUUUUUGCAGUGAGAGUACCAGUUUGCAUAAUACAUGGCCUUAGCAACACGGGGAAUGAAGGCCAUUCAGUUUAAAACCAUGUAUAUUCAAUGAAGUGUUAUCUAGGAGUGACCUAGGACUUUAUAAUGGGAGCCAGUUUGGGUGGGUGAGGGUGGGGUGCAGUUGCUGAGCUUUAUACUUUUUAUUGUGAGUUGUUUCAGUUGUUUUAUUGUUUCACAUAAAUUCCUAAGGUGUCUUUUUUUUUGCACUGUUUGCUAAUAUAUUGUAACUGUAAUUUGACACAGGCUGCUGAGUUUAGUUGUAAAAUUUGCAAGAGUCUGCAAAACCUCAGGUGGGAUCACUAGCAAUGCAAGUGAAAUGAGCUGGUCACGCAUCAGAUUGUCACGGGUUUAAUUUGUAUUUCUUUGUACUGUGCAGUUUUGGCCUGUUUUGGUUUUGAGUGGAAUGGAACGGACAGGCUCGGUUGUUAAACACGGGACUGAGCGGUGCAAUGGAUUCCAUCUUUUGGGUUUUUAAGGUGCAGCCUGUAGAGAUGUGACAGACUUUACAAAAUGAGGAUGGUAAAUUCACUGCAGCCAAAAAGCACAUGGUUUCAUUCAAUUUUGUCAUUUCAAAAACAACAAUCCCACGUGGUAGAGUGAAUGGAGAGAGGGGAAAAUUUUAGUCCAAGUUGACUUGACAACGUAAUUAUGGUUCCUGUUGUCAUGGCUCAAGUAUAUUCAGACUUUAGUAGAAUUCUCAAUGUUAUUGGCAUGAUGUAGCCUGAUUCGGUUUUAUUCAAUAUGUCAAUGCAUUUUAAUUGCUCUGCAUUCAGCAACUCUUGUUCUUUUUCUCUCUCUUGCUCACACUCCGGCCUGUGCCAUGACUAACAGGAGGGGUUCAGUCAGGCGAAGUAGUGAUAUUGUCUUGACUAUGUGUAAGGUUAGAGUUGCCAACUCUUUACACACCUGCGAGGAGGUUUGCCACAUGUCUUUCACCAGUUCCAUACCCCACCGCCCUCCCCCAAUACCCCACGUGACAUAUUCUUCCUCUUGUUAGUAUUUACAAUGCUGUUAUCCAAUUAGGUAUUUCUUUAUUGAUUCUUUAUAUAAAAAGGACAGUUUGACCACCGUUUUAUAACCUAAAAAUCAAUGUGUUCAAAAGUUGUUUUUUUAUAAAUGCGUCUAUUGUGUCUUGAAUUGCUUGCUUCAGUGCCCUUGAAGUUAGUCAUUAAAUCCUGGAGACUCCAAGACAGUCCUCCAACAGAGUUUUGUGUUCGUUCAAUGUGUUCGUCCAUAAUCUGCAAAGUUGCAGAGUCCAGCUUUUUUUCUGAACACUACUCAAAUGGUGCAUCCACUAAUGGUUCAGUACGUGUGUUGAUUCCCUGGGAUUUCUCCCAGUCUGAGCACAAAAGAAGUACUACUUCAUUUGGCAAAAGAUACUGUUUUGCACUUUAAAAUAACUUGCACUUUUUGGUUUGUAAUCCAAAGUAAUAUCAAGAUAGGGAAACCUGUGGAAAUUUAAUGCGGAACAACCUUUUAAAUUCUUUUUCGCCAUUAAAGUUCCUUCAUUUUUCAAAGAUUUGAGGUUUACUUUUUGCUGAUGGAUUUUGCAGUCGACCAACUUCCAAUUUGGACUUUAAUCUAUACAAUCCUGUAUUGGGUUGGACUGCACAAACCCAGGGAUCCCUGCUCAUCUAUGACUUGUGUAUUAGAGAGAUGGCACAGUCAUUACUUGCUGUUUGAUAUCUGGUAGUUGUAAUAAACAGGAGAAUGACGAUCCCUUUGGUACCUAGAACCUUCAAGUGUCCUCACUUGUAACAGUGUCUGUUGCCCCUGUAUCUCUAGCUGUGAUAGACUGUGUCUCCCAGUUGAACUGUUGGUCAGUGGCUGUGUAAAAAUUGUCAAAUGAGACUUGGAGCAGAAUAUUCCUUUGCCCAGUGCUCAUUGUACAUUGUCUAGUUUUGCCUAGACUUCAUAUAAAGAUUCUGAUUAAUGGGACCACAAACAAAGUACUGUUAAACUAAAUAGCUAGAUAUUGAAAGCUUCAGUUUCAACCUCCCGAGGUUUGUAAAUGCAUAUUCUGUUUAAAUACAGACUUUUGACUGUGGACAUUGGUGAUAAUUGCACUUGUAUGCAACUGAAAUGUUGUGUACUUUUUCAAAUGAAAUUAUUUUUACAAGGGAAUCACCAACUGAGAGGAGGAGUUGCCUUCUGUUUAUAGAGCUGGUUUGAAUUUAAUCUGCUCUCCAUGGAGCAGUACCUCACAUUCUCAGUCUAAAUGCCACAUUCAGUAAAAGCAAGUCACUGAUGCCCAUCAGGCCCUAGGAUCCCUGCUAAUUUAGGAAGCAGAGAUAGAAAGAAACAAUUAUUUGUACAGGGCUCAAUUGAGUCUAUAUUCAGAUACCUGUAUUGUUGCUUCUGGCCUUGCAUGAUUCAUUUCUUUUAUAGUUAAUAAAUAUAUAUUUGCAAGAUUGAGACUGACCAAAGGUGUUGUAGCUGUGUGAUAGGGAGGUAGAAAAUGUCCUAACACCUUGUCUGUCUUUUGGGGUGUCAGGCCCUUGACCAGAUGUCUAUUUCUCGGCAAUGCAGAGAAGGGAGUUUGUCCUGUCUGAUGUUUGGGUCUCUGGGCAGUAUGCAAUGUGAGCAGUUAGUCUUUACUGAAUGUAAGCCAUCCUCAACCAUCUAUAUCAUUGCAUUUCAUUUGCCAGUCUCUGGGAAAAUCUUGCACUAAACUUUUAUUUUGGGUAGGGAGCAUUAAUCUUGUCCCAGUACGUGACUAGCUUUUUUGUUUUGCUUCCUCAGUUAUUAACUUUAACUUCAAUAUUUGACGUGUCCCACCCUCAUGUUCUAGCAACAAUGAAAUACAAGAGAUGAGUCAUGAUGGUACCUAGCUGGAUUUAGUUUAAUGUCUCGGCCCUUGCAGUUUAUAUUCUAGAAUUACUCGAGAACAAUUGUGACUAUUUGUUAUGCAUUAUUUAAUAUUGUAAUAAUUGAUGUAACUGCAAAGUUACAUGGGAUUUCUGAGUCACUUCAACUCUCAAAUAAAAGCAUUUUUGUAAAUUC